AAACUUCAAAUUUCAAAAUUUUUGAAUCUGUUGCGUAAAAAAUGAAAUAAUUUCUGAGGAAAAGAAUCUUUUCCGAUGAUUUCGACUAUUUGAAACGUAUUUGCAUUGGAAACUGGAAGCCUCAAUAUGGUCAAGGAGCAGUACAGAUUUUCGGAAGAUGCGAAAAAAGUAUCGCACAUAAAAUUUGGCAUUAAUAGCCAUCAUGAUAUCGAAAAACAAGCGAUGAUGAAUGUGGUCCUGAGAGAUCUUUACUCUCAGGACCCAUCCAGAGCACCGGUUCAGAAUGGAGUUUUAGAUCGUAGAAUGGGAGUUAAUCAAAAAGAUGGUAAAUGCUCUACUUGUGAUAAAACAUUGAAUGAUUGCAUCGGACACUUCGGCUACGUAGAUUUGCAAUUUCCAGUCUUCCACGUUGGAUACUUUCGAUCUAUUAUUGAUAUCCUUCAAAUGAUAUGCAAAAAUCCAUUAUGCGCUCGAGUAAUGUUACAAGAAUCUGAAAUGCAAAAAUAUCGUGUCAAAGCUCGAAACCCAAAUUUAUCGUAUCUUACGCGUAAAGCUCUACGAAAACAAGUCCACGAAAAAGCUAAAAAAGCCACAGUUUGUCCUCAUUGCGAUGAAAUCAAUGGAAUCGUGAAGAAAUCCGGAUUGUUGAAAAUUUGUCACGAGAAAUAUCGAACUAAAAAAAAUGAUCCCGGAAUAGAAGCGAGAAAAGCUGAACUAAGAGAUGCGAUAGAAAGAAAUCGAGAAAUUGAACCGUUCUCUCAAUAUAUUACUUUCAAGAAUCUGAAUCCUCAAGAUGUGCUUUCUCUAUUUGAAGCUAUACCCGCGCAAGAUAUACCUUUGCUUAUGAUGAAACCAGGAUCAUCAACGCCUAAAGAUCUCAUUUUAACUAGAAUACCUGUACCUCCAGUUUGUAUUAGACCUUCGGUCGUAUCAGAAUUAAAAUCUGGCACAAAUGAAGAUGAUUUGACUAUGAAACUGUCAGAAAUCAUCUUUAUCAAUGACAAUAUAGUGGGACAUCGAAAAUUAGGAGCUAAAGCUCAAAUGAUAGCUGAAGAUUGGGAUGUUUUACAACUCCACUGUGCUCUUUAUAUUAAUAGCGAAAUGUCCGGUAUACCACUCAAUAUGCAAGUUAAAAAACCUUCACGUGGAUUGGUUCAAAGACUGAAAGGUAAAAGCGGACGUUUUCGAGGUAAUUUAUCAGGAAAACGAGUCGAUUUCACUUCACGAACUGUAAUUUCACCGGAUCCAAAUUUGCGAAUAGACGAAGUUGGUGUACCGAUCCAUGUGGCUAAAAUUUUAACGUUUCCCGAACGAGUUCAUUCAGCCAAUAAAGAGCUAUUGAGAAAAUUAGUCCAGAAUGGUCCCGAUGUUCAUCCAGGUGCUAAUUACGUCGAGCAACAAGGAGAACAAUUUAAGAAAUUUCUACGUUACGGAAACCGAAACAAAAUAGCUAGAGAAUUAAAAGAAGGUGAUUUAGUCGAACGACAUCUUUGUGAUGGCGAUAUCGUAUUAUUCAACAGGCAACCGAGUUUACAUAAAUUGAGUAUUAUGUGUCAUAGAGUCAAAGUCUUGGAACAUCGUACGUUCAGAUUUAACGAAUGUGUCUGUACUCCGUACAAUGCUGAUUUUGAUGGCGAUGAGAUGAAUCUUCAUUUACCUCAAACUGAGGAAGCUCGAGCUGAAGCUCUAAUUUUGAUGGGAAACACUUCUAAUCUAGUCACACCUCGAAAUGGUGAACUCAUGAUCGCCGCUACUCAAGAUUUUCUUACCGGAGCUUAUCUAUUAACUUUAAGAGAUACAUUUUUAACCAGAGCCGAAGUAUGUCGAUUAGCUGGUUGGCUCAUUGCCGGACCUGAUAUGGAUUUAGAUAUAGAAAUACCACCUCCAACCAUUUUAAAACCCAAACAAUUGUGGACUGGUAAGCAAGUAUUCAGUAUGAUAUUAAGGCCAAAUCGUAAAUGCCCAAUAAAAGCGAAUCUCAGAACGAAAGGGAGAUCUUACACGCAAGGGGAAGAUUUGUGUUUUAAAGAUUCGUUUGUCGUAAUUCGUAACUCAGAAGUUCUGCUCGGAUCGAUGGAUAAGACUAUCUUAGGAUCGGGUGGUAAAAACAAUAUAUUCUACGUUUUGCUCAAGGAUUGGGGUAAAGAUAUCGCAGCCUCUGCCAUGUGGCGUCUCUCGAGAUUGGCAUCGUAUUAUUUGAUGAAUAGAGGAUUUUCAAUCGGUAUCGGUGACGUGACACCUGGUCAAAGUUUAAUCAAAGCUAAGCAACGGUUAUUAAUCGAUGGGUAUAAUAAAUGUGACGAUUACAUCAAGCAAAUGGAGAUGGGUAAAUUACAAUGUCAACCUGGAUGUUCACCUGAAGAAACCCUAGAAGCAGUUAUACUCAAAGAGCUCUCCGUUAUCAGAGAUCACGCCGGUAAAGCUUGUCUGAACGAAUUGCAUGCUACGAACAGUCCGUUGAUAAUGGCCCUCAGUGGUUCUAAAGGUUCUGUGAUCAAUAUCUCUCAAAUGACCGCUUGCGUAGGACAACAGGCUAUCAGCGGUAAACGUGUUCCUAAUGGCUUCUUGAACCGUUCAUUGCCACAUUUCAGGCAUCACUCUAAAUUUCCUGCUGCUAAAGGAUUCGUACAAAAUAGUUUCUAUACCGGAUUAACCCCCACCGAAUUUUUUUUCCAUACGAUGGGAGGUCGAGAAGGUUUAGUCGAUACCGCAGUAAAAACUGCUGAAACUGGUUACAUGCAACGUCGUCUAGUCAAGGCGCUCGAAGAUUUAUGCGUUAAUUACGAUAUGACUGUUCGUAAUUCGAACUGUGACGUCGUUCAGUUCAAUUACGGCGGUGAUAGCUUGGAUCCUACGUAUAUGGAAGGAAACGGAAACCCUGUGGAAUUUAAUCGUAUAUACGACAACGUUCGAGCUAAUUUCCCGUGUCGCGAUGAACCUACGUUAGAAUCGGACGAAAUUCUCAACAUUUCAGAAAAACUGUUCAGUCACGAAGAUUUCAAACAUUGCACCGAUGUGUUCAAAAAUGAUAUGAGAGUCUUCCUAGCUGAAUCCUCGGUCGCAGUUAAGCAAGCCUGUAAUAGAGGUUGUGACGAUAAAGUUGCCAUGGAACCGUACAGAGUUACUGAAACCCAAUUAAAUAAAUUUGUCGAUAUUUGUUUGAAUAAAUAUAUGGAAUCUAUCGUCGAACCUGGUACCGCCGUAGGUGCCCUGGCUGCCCAAAGUAUUGGUGAACCGGGUACUCAAAUGACUCUGAAAACUUUCCAUUUUGCUGGAGUAGCUUCCAUGAAUAUCACUCAAGGUGUACCUAGGAUAAAAGAAAUUAUCAACGGAGGUAAAAACAUCAGUACUCCAAUUAUCACCGCGUAUUUAGAAAAUGACACCGAUGAAGAUUUCGCUCGACGAGUGAAAGGAAGAAUUGAAAAAACUACUUUAUCGGAGGUUUGCCAGUAUAUGGAAGAAGUGUACACCGAGAACGAGUGCUUUUUAGUAGUGAAAUUAGACGUGGAUAGAAUUAAAUUGUUGCAGUUAGAAGUUGAUAUCGAUACAAUAGUCCAUAAAGUGUGUGCUUCGAGAACUGGAGUAAAAAUGGAUCAAAUUUCGGUCGAGAGUGCAGAUUUAUUUUUAGUCAAUUCGAGCGGUAAUUCGGCUAACGUGAACAUGGAACUGCAAGGUUACAGAGCUGCUUUACAAAAAGUCGUUAUUCAAGGUGUAAUAGGAGUGAAUCGAGCUGUAAUUCACGAAGAAUCGGUCAAAGGAGUAACAAAAUACAAGCUUUUAGUUGAAGGAGAUAAUUUACGAGAUGUAAUAGCGACACCUGGUGUAAAAGGGAAAUUAUGCACGUCCAAUAAUACCUAUCAAGUGUAUACCACUCUCGGCAUCGAAGCCGCCAGAUCUACUAUAAUGUCAGAAAUCAAAAUGGUUAUGGAGAAUCACGGUAUGGUAGUCGAUCCCAGACACGUUAUGUUGGUUGCUGAUCUAAUGACGAGCAGAGGAGAACCUUUGGGUAUUACCAGACACGGAUUAGCUAAAAUGAAAGAAUCAGUACUAAAUCUUGCUUCGUUCGAAAAAACAUCCGAUCAUUUAUUCGACGCCGCGUACUAUGGACAAACGGAUAAAAUCAGCGGUGUUUCCGAAUCUAUAAUCAUGGGUAUUCCGAUGUCCAUCGGAACUGGAAUAUUCAAAUUACUCCAAAAAGUUCAAAAGCCCAAACUUACCCAACGAACGUUGAUUUUCGAUAAUCCGAAAUACCACGAAAGAUGACACAGGAAAACUAUAGUUUGAGGUUAUUUUUAAAAAAUAUUCUUUGUGAUAUGCAUGAGUUUCUCGAGUUCGUUGUUAUGUAGGGAAAACGUCUUCCACACGGCGAUUGUGAAGGAAGAGGAUUUUCAGAGGACAAGAUGACGACGGUGAUGAUGCCUUUUUAAUUUAUUAAUAAGUGAUAAUUUAUUGUAUGUAUUAACAAAUUACUUCUUCAAGAAACUGAAUUCUAUGUUUUCGUCAUCAUCGUAACACAAUUUUUUUCAUUUUUAUGUGAAAAUCAGACCAAUUAGUCAAUUAUAUUGAAAUAUAAAUUAUUGAAGUUGA